AGGUGGGGCCACCCGGCCCGCCCCGCUCGCCUGGGCCGCGUCCGGCCGCCGUUCUCUGCUCGUCGCAGACGGCCGAGGCGGCGCCGCAGCAAGUUUUGACAUUUUGGCGGCGGAGGCGCGCGCUGGCACUCUCCGGCCGAAGGCUACGGCGGUGGCCCACACUCCGGGGUCCCUUAGUCGCGCCCCGGCGCUCCCGCUGCCCGGAGUCCGGCGGCCACGAGGCCCCGCCGCGCCCUCCAGCCCUCGCUCGUCCGCCCGGCUGCCGCAGCCAUGUCCCGGGGGCCCGAGGAGGUGAACCGGCUCACGGAGAGCACCUACCGGAAUGUUGUGGAACAGUUCAAUCCUGGGCUUCGAAAUUUGAUAAACCUCGGGAAAAAUUAUGAGAAAGCCGUAAAUGCUAUGAUACUGGCAGGAAAAGCCUACUAUGACGGAGUGGCCAAGAUUGGUGAGAUUGCCACUGGGUCCCUCGUGUCGACUGAACUGGGCCAUGUCCUCAUUGAGAUUUCAAGCACCCACAAGAAACUCAACGAGAGUCUUGAUGAAAAUUUUAAAAAAUUCCACAAAGAGAUUAUCCAUGAGCUGGAGAAGAAGAUAGAACUUGACGUGAAAUAUAUGAAUGCAACUCUAAAAAGAUACCAAACAGAACACAAGAAUAAAUUAGAGUCUUUGGAGAAAUCCCAAGCUGAGUUGAAGAAGAUCAGAAGGAAAAGCCAAGGAGGACGAAACGCUCUCAAAUAUGAACACAAAGAAAUUGAGUACGUGGAGACCGUUACUUCUCGUCAGAGUGAAAUCCAGAAAUUUAUUGCAGAUGGUUGCAAAGAAGCUCUGCUUGAAGAGAAGAGGCGCUUCUGCUUUCUGGUUGACAAGCACUGCGGCUUUGCCAACCACAUACAUUAUUAUCACUUACAGUCUGCAGAACUACUGAAUUCCAAGCUGCCUCGGUGGCAGGAGACCUGCGUUGAUGCCAUCAAAGUGCCAGAGAAAAUCAUGAAUAUGAUCGAAGAAAUAAAGACCCCAGCCUCUACCCCCGUGUCCGGGACACCUCAGCCUUCGCCCAUGAUUGAGAGAAGAAAUGUGGUUAGGAAAGAUUAUGACACCCUUUCUAAAUGCUCACCAAAGAUGCCCCCCGCUCCUUCAGGCCGAGCGUAUACCAGUCCUUUGAUCGAUAUGUUUAAUAACCCAGCAAUGGCCGCACCAAAAUCAGAAAGGAUAAAUAAUUCAACAGCUACUUCCGAAGAUCCCAGUUUACAACGAUCAGUUUCGGUUGCAACUGGACUGAACAUGAUGAAAAAGCAGAAAGUGAAGACCAUCUUCCCGCACACUGCGGGCGCCAACAAGACCUUACUCAGCUUUGCACAGGGAGACGUCAUCACGCUGCUCAUCCCCGAGGAGAAGGAUGGCUGGCUGUACGGAGAACAUGAUAUGUCCAAGGCGAGGGGCUGGUUCCCGUCGUCAUACACGAAGUUGCUAGAAGAAAAUGAGACGGAAGCAAUGACUGCGCCCACGCCAAGCCCUGCGCCGGUGAGAAGCAUCAGCACCGUGAACUUGUCUGAGAGCAACAGUGUUGUCAUCCCCCCACCCGACUACCUGGAAUGCUUGUCCAUGGGGGCAGCUGCCGACAGGCGGGCAGACGCGGCCAGAACUACAUCCACCUUCAAGUCGCCGGCGCCCAAGCCAGAGACCGUGGCUCCUAAUGAUGCCAACGGGACUGCAAAGCCACCUUUUCUCAGCGGAGAAAACCCCUUUGCCACUGUGAAGCUCCGCCCGACCGUGACGAAUGAUCGCUCAGCACCCAUCAUUCGAUGAGAAGACAGCCAAGGACUCUCCUGGGCCUCUCCUGUUCUCCCUUUCGGAACGAUGGGCACAUCCUGUCUGCCUCAUGCUGUUGGGAAGCUUCAACAGAGGAGCCUGACUCCAAUGUCACCUGCCUGAGCAAAUCAUGCUUCUGUUUCACAUAGUUGGGUUGACACGUUUCUGCCUUUAAGAUAACUGAGUAAUAGUCUAAUGACCAACUCAAUCAUUUAAAAUAUUUUCUUCUUAUUCUGUUCAAGAAGCAGUGAACAUGGUUUCAAUCUUUACUGUAUUUUUUUAAUGAAUUUUUUUCCUUAAUAAAUCCAGAAUAAGGGAUAAUCUAUGCUUUCAUGACUGGCUUUCUGCACGUGAUGCAAAUGAGACCAGUUUUAUAAAGUAUGUGCUUUUAGUAGCAUUAUGUCUAGCUAAAGAAAAUAUCACAUAGGUUUGCAUCUUAGCAUGCAAAUAAUUUUAAGCAAUAUAAAUUAUGAAAAUACCACAUACAUGUAAUUUUUUAACU